GUUUCAUCUAAGCUUGAAGGGCAAGGUUGGUACCACACCAGCUGUUUUCUGGAGAUGUCCCCAGCUGCAAAUGUCGAGAAAUUCACAGGCUGGGAGGUCCUGUCACAUGAGGAUAAAGGAGCUGUUCUUGAUCUUGUCAAGAAAGAUGCUCCUAAAACAGAACUUCUAAGGCUUCCAAGCGCAAGAAUAGUGACAAUGAUAUGCAUGACUGUAAAGCUCCCAAGAUAGACAGGAGUAUAUCAGAAGGCGCACAAAAUAAAGGGAAAGUUGUUGUAUCAUGUGAGUCCAAUGCUAGUUCUACUGACCUUCAAGAAAAGCUUAAAGAGCAGAGAGGCACACUUUGGAAAUUGAAGGAUGAACUUAAGAAGCAUGUGUCAACUGCUGAACUAAGGAACAUGCUCGACGCUAAUGGGCAGGAUACAUCUGGGCCAGAGCGGCAUCUAUUGGAUAGUUGCGCUGAUGGGAUGCUUUUUGGAGCAUUGGGUCAUUGCCCAGUCUGUUCGAGUUUCCUCUACUAUCAUGGUGGCCAAUAUCAUUACAAUGGUUAUGUAUCAGAGUGGUCCAAGUGUACUUAUCCUACUACAGAUCCUGUUCGCAGUAAAAAGAAGUGGAAAAUUCCUGAUGAGAUGGAUAAUGAUUAUCUUGCAAAGUGGUUCAAGCCUCAAAAGGUUAAGAAACCAGAAAGAGUUCUUCCGCCAAUGUCACCUGAGAAAUCUUUGUCCCAAUCCACUGUUGGUGAUGGAUUGGAUAAAUUGAGAGUUUCUAUAGUAGCACAAUCUAAAGAUGUGGUUGUAAGUAAUCUUUCAGUACUUUUUGGUACAGUUAUCCUCAGGUUCUCCUGUGAGUUCUUCAUAUUUACUGUGUGGCUUUCUGACAUGAAGCCUAAAAGUUCGAUACAUUCAAUGUCGUUGAUUCAAAGUCCUACAUGGGAGUGGAGGAUGAGAUGUGUCAAGGAUGACUCCAAUUCAGGAGGGGAGGAUGAUGACGACAUCUCCAACGUCAACAUAGUUAUGCCAAAUCCACAAACCCAACCCAUGUACAAGGACCAAUCACGUGUUCUUGUGCUCGCCAACUUAAUUAUCAAGUGA